CAAGCCGAAUAGAUUUACAAAUUGCAUAUAUGAAAUGGCUUUCCGGCACCAGUAAACGCCUGGUAAUAGACGACAUUGAGUUGAGCUGUCGCCAAAAGCUGAGGCCCAGCAAACUAGGCUUGGCAAUUCCCUAUGGAGGCGUCAAGCGACGAAUCCAAGCAGGCACUCCUGGGCGCUGUUUCACGGGCUCUGGAGAGCUAUGAGCAGGGCAAGGUCAACCCGCAGCAUUUCUCGGCCCUCUUAGAGAAUCUCCAGGUGGUCCUGCAGGCGGUCGCCGAUGGCGCUGAGGGUGACAGCGACGGGGGUCCCUGCGAGCAUGAAGGGGCCAGCGACGUGGCAAACGGCGUGGCCGCUGACCAGUACGAUGACGCUUCCUCGGCGCAGACCGACGUGUCUGCAUCACCUGGCGCCGCAGCUUGCCAGCCUUGGCUGCACGGCUGCGUCCAUAACCGGCAGCUCCGGCACCAGCAGCAGCGGCAUAGCGCAGGGUCGCAGCAGCAGCUGACAGCCCGUUGGCGGUGCAAGCAGCACCUCAACCAGCAGCAGCAGCAGCAGCUACGGGAUCGCGACCAGGAGGAGGACGGAGAAGGUGUGGAUGGCGGAG